CUGAUCUGUCAGUUUCUCUGUACAUUCUGCCUGACAGACACUGAUCGAGUCUCAGCAACACAUCAGAAUGGAAACAGGAGAAAGACGAACACAGAGACGAGAGCAGGUGUUGUGUGGUUAGAUGGAGCGAACGACAGAGGAUUUGUAUUUUCUUGGACACCUGCAACUUUUGGACAAACUUUAAGAAAAUCUCUGAAUCUGAAUCAGCUCUCAGUGACGUCUUCCUCUUGUGGAUUUUCUAUUUAGCCACAUUCUAAGUGAAGAAACUCCUUGUGGAUUAUGAUUGCGGAACAUUUUGAAUUCAACUCUAGCUCUACUAAUUCAUUGGUAUCUGUCUUUACUUGUUUUUGUUAAAUCCGUGUCUUUGCGAUUUCAUUUCAGCAUCACUUUCUGACUUUUACUCCCUCGUUCCAUAUUCUCUCUAUCCAUUUCUUUGGAUUAUAAAACAUGUCAAAUAUAUUCUCAGAAGAAACUCAGAGUAGUGUUCAGUGACAACCCGGCUGUUAUAAUGUCGGGAUGACAGUGACAGCAGAGUGAAUGAUCCCCCGCUACAGAUGUUGAUCUGACACCUGACUGCUGUUACACACACUGCUGGAGCUGAACAUGGCAGCAUCUCACUGCAUGGCAUAGAAGAGGAUCACAAAGUCAGUACUUCUGGUGACGUCCCCCGCUGUAACCAUGGUGUCCCGUGUGAAGCCGCCCCAGGGGCGUAGCAUGUCCUCUCUAUUUUCCUGCUGCUUCAAUGGAAGUGACCAACCAGAGAUCACCCACCUCCAGGAAAACAUGAACACUAUGGCUGUGCUGGAGCCCAACCUGCCCAUGCCCCCCCCUCAAGAGCUAGACUCUAUGUUCACUGAGCUGGUGGAUGAACUGGACCUCACAGAUGAGAACAGAGCUGCCAUGUUUUCUUUACCAGCAGAGAAGAAAUGGCAGCUUUACUGUAGUAAGAAAUUGGAAGCAGAGGAGAAUAAAGGAGCAACCAGAUGGCCAGAGUAUUAUAUUGACCAGCUCACGUCCAUGGCUGCUAGGAAGACUCUGCUGUCGCUGGAGAAUGAGGACGAGCAGGGAAGACGUAAGAUCAUAGAUGGUCUAAAGACAGCACUGAGGACGCAGCCGAUGAGGUUUGUGACGCGAUUCAUUGAGUUGGAUGGCCUGUCCUGUAUCCUGAAUUUUCUCAAGUCGAUGGACUACGAGACGACCAACUCUGAGAUCCACACCUCGCUGAUUGGCUGCAUCAAAUCUCUGAUGAACAACUCUCAGGGCAGAGCUCACGUCCUGGGUCACUCUGAGAGCAUUAACAUCAUCACACAAAGUCUCACCACCGAGAACAUCAAAACCAAGGUUGCAGUGUUAGAGAUCCUUGGUGCAGUGUGUUUGGUGCCAGGAGGCCAUAAGAAAGUACUAGAAGCCAUGCUGCACUACCAGACAUUUGCUUCGGAGAGAACACGCUUUCAGACCCUGCUGACAGACUUGGAUAGAUCCACGGGCCGCUACAGAGAUGAAGUUAAUCUGAAGACUGCCAUCAUGUCCUUCAUCAAUGCUGUGCUCAGCCAGGGAGCAGGAGAGACCAGUCUGGAGUUCCGCACCCAUUUGCGUUAUGAGUUUCUGAUGUUGGGCAUUCAGCCGGUCAUUGACAAGCUGCGCUCCCAUGACAACGCCACCCUGAACAGACAUCUGGACUUCUUUGAGAUGUUGAGGAAUGAAGACGAGCUUGUGAUGUCCAAACGUUUCGACACUGUCCACAUAGAAACUAAAAGUGCCAGCCAGAUGUUUGAGCUGAUCAAGAAGAAGCUGAACCAUACUGAAGCUUACCCUCACCUCCUGUCGGCACUGCAGCACUGUCUCAUGCUGCCACAUAAGCAGAGCAGCACCACACUCCAGUACUGGGUGUUGUUGGACCGGAUAGUUCAGCAGCUGGUUCUGCAGACGGACAAAGGUGAAGACCCUGACGUCGCUCCACUGGAAGACUUCAACGUAAAAAAUAUUGUACGCAUGCUUGUCAAGGAGAACGAGGUCAAACAAUGGAAAGAAGAAGCUGAUAAAAUGAGAAAAGAGCAUCAGAACUUACAGCAGCGUUUCGAUAAGAAAGAGAGGGAGUGUGAGGCCAAGAAUGAGGAGAAAGAGGACAUGAUGGUGAUGCUGAACAAGAUGAAGGACAAGCUGGAGCGAGAGAGCAACGACCACAAGCAAGCUCGACUGCAACUGGGAGAACUGUCUGCUCGGCUGCAGCAGCUCAGCUCUACUUCCAGUGUUCCAGGAGGACCUCCUGUGACUGCUGGUGGUUUAGUUCCUCCUGGUCCUGUCCCGACCACCCCUGGUCUUCCUCCUCCUCCUCCUCCCCCACCACCCCCUCCUCUAGGAGGCCCACCAGUUUUUGGCGUGUCUCCGUUUGCCCCACCUCCUCCACCAGGAGCUCCACUAGGAACUGCCCAGAAGAAGAAGAAUAUUCCUCAGCCAGCUAACCCACUGAAGUCAUUCAACUGGAACAAACUGCCUGAGAACAAGAUAGAAGGAACCAUAUGGAAAGACAUCGAUGAUCUCACGGUGUUCAAAGUUCUGGAUCUAGAGGAGUUCCAGAGGACCUUCUCAGCAUACCAGAAACCACAACAGAAGGAUGCUGAGGAUGAACAUGCUAUUAAGAAAGUCAAGGAGCUGUCCGUGAUCGAUGGCCGCCGAGCACAGAACUGUAACAUUCUGCUCUCACGGCUGAAGCUGCCCAAUGAGGAGAUCCGCCAUGCCAUCCUGACCAUGGAUGAACAGGAGGACUUACCUAAAGACAUGCUGGAGCAGCUUCUGAAGUUUGUUCCUGAGAAGAGUGACAUUGAGCUGUUAGGAGAACACAAGCAUGAGCUGGAACGUAUGGCCAAAGCAGACCGCUUCCUGUAUGACAUGAGCAGCAUCAACCACUACCAACAGAGACUCCAGUCUCUCUACUUCAAGAAGAAGUUUGCUGAAAGAGUGGCUGAUGUCAAACCUAAAAUCAAAGCUCUGAGUCUUGCGUCCAGGGAGAUGGUUCAGAGCGGGACACUUCGUCAGCUCCUGGAGGUGGUCCUAGCCUUCGGGAACUACAUGAACAAAGGACAACGAGGAAAUGCCUAUGGAUUUAAAGUGUCCAGUCUCAACAAGAUAGCUGACACCAAGUCAAGCAUUGACAAAAACAUCACUCUGCUCCACUACAUGAUCACUGUGCUGCAAAAGAAGUACCCUAAGGUGACAGCUUUCAGUGAAGAGCUACUGAAUGUGCCAGAAGCUGCUAAAGUCAAUAUGACAGAGUUGGAGAAGGACAUUGGCAGUCUGAGAUCUGGCCUCAAAAGUGUUGAGGCGGAGCUACAGUACCAGCAGGGUCAGUCCUCUAAGGGUUCUACCGAUAAGUUUGUCCCUGUGGUCAGUCAGUUCAUCACCAUGGCCUCCUUCAGCUUCUCUGACGUAGAGGAGUCACUCACUGAAGCCAAAGAAGUGUUUGUGAAGGCACUGAAACAUUUUGGAGAAGACUCGUCCAACCUGCAGCCGGAUUCGUUCUUUGGGAUCUUCGUCACUUUCCUCACAGCUUUCUCAGAGGCCGAACGGGACAACGCGAACAUGGCCAGACGCAAGGAGGAAGAGGAGAAACGGGCACUCAUAGAGGCGCAGCUGAAGAAAGACAGGGAGGCGAAGAGGGCCAAAGCAAAUGAAGGAGAGGAGGGCGGUGAGUUUGACGACCUGGUGUCCGCUCUGCGCUCUGGAGAGGUGUUCGAUAAGGAUCUGUCCAAAAUGAACCGCAGAAAACAGCGGAAACAAAAUGUGUUCGACAGCAGCCGGGAGAGACCAUCAGUAACAGAACUAAACCAGUAACAGGAGAACCAUUUAACCUUCGAAUGUGUGACGUCAUAUAGACACUGGAGCGGUCUGAAACCGUUAAUUCUGCAACAAAGUAAUUUAUGAAACUAAAUGAAUGUAUCUAAGUGUGAAGCAGAACGCUUCCUCUUUAUGCUAUUGUAAUAAUUCAGUCUGCUUUGACCUGUUUUGAGUGUUUUAUGUUCAUUUAAUGGAUUUGUUUUGUUCAAAAGAGGAAGAGAAUAGCAACAAGAAUGUAACAAAUUAUAGUGGUAUAAUAAUACCUCUGUCCUUAUCAAAGUUCUGACAGUUUCCUCUCUGUAAUGUGAUUGUUUCUGGCUGUCAAACAUUAAUAACAUCGUGUUUUUAAACUACAGUUUGUAGAUAUCUACACAAUUAUACCUUGCAAUAGCUGCAUUUAUAAAGUUGAUGUAAUCAUUUUUAAUAUUUACAAUCAUUUUGAACAAAUCACUUUCUGUUUUUGGGGUGGAUUACAUUCCUUAUAAAUAGAUGAUUAUAAUUGUUCUUCUCUAACCAAGAAUCAGUAUUAUCAGUUGAUACGGGUUUAUAUAUACAAUAUGUAAAGAAAUACUUCACCCACAAAAUGAUCAUUUGUAUAUCAGUUACUCACUCUGUGUUACAUGAAUUCCAGAAGAAAACUUUCUCUCAAGCCUCCACGAUGAAUGGAGAUUUAGAAACGGAGAAGAGUCUUGAUGAAUUGAAGUAAAUGGGGGUCGCCUUCAACAACAGCAAAACUAUAUCAAAACAUAUGUUUACAAACUCCACUACACAACUCGUGCAGAAUAGUCAAAGUCUCAUUUAUCCAGUCGUAUGCUCACUACUUCCCAAACACAUGUAUCUUUGCCAAAAUCAUACUAUUUUAAACUCUUCCGAGACUCUUCCGAGACUUGGAUUGUACUGCACGAGUUGUGUAGUGGAGUUUGUAAAUGGAUGUUUUGAUAUAGUUUUGCUGUUGUUGAGCGCGACCCCAUUUACUUCAAUUCAUCAAGACUUUUCUCCGUUUUUUAAUUCUCUGUUCACCGUGGAGGCAUGCGAGAAAAAACAAAGUUUUCUUCUAGAAUUCAAGGUAACACAGGGUGAGGAAUUGAUAUACAAAUGGUCAUUUUGUGGGUGAAGUAUUCCUUUAAAGUGUAAUAUGGGUGAAAUGAUGAAAUCACAGGUGUAUUAUUUAUAAGAUUUAUGGUCCCCUAACGAGGCUUGUUCACCAUCAGCUGGAGCUCGUCCAUAGACCCGAAGCACCUAACGCUACCUGGUGAUUUAAUCAAUAUGUAUAGAUGUCUGGAUAAGCAAUAUCCGACCACUGUGUUGCGUCAUUGAUCCACUUCGAUGGGGGAAUGACUGAUGGGGCGUGCCAGCAGACCGCUCAACGGAAACCACGGACGCUCCGGUUCAGCCAAGGUCACAAAAUAAUUAUUAGACAUGUUUGUUUAACAAGAAAUAAAUGCAUACAAAGAUUGUCAAAAUGA